CGGCAACGGCACGCGGUAGAAUAAUGGCUAGAGUAUCCCCGUUCUGCAUCGCGCUUCUCGUCGUCUGCGGCUUGGCCCGGACUUGGGCUCAACCUUCGGACGUCCUCGAAUCCGGAGCGAAUCCCGCCUCGGUUGCGUUGGCUGUGGAAACCCCCGAAGAAAAUGCGUCCGUCGCCAGAGAUCAGAGAUCGCCUCAAUUCGGCUUCGAUAACUACGAUUAUUCCGACGGUCGAGGAGCGGGUCCUCGUCGCUUUCCGAACAGAAGGAAGCACAAGCCAUUCGGUCACGGGUGUCGGAAGCAUCACGGCUGCGUCGGAUCGCACAACAAACCGGGUUACGGCGGAGGUCACGGAGGGUCGGCAGCCUCGGCGUCGGCGGGUUCCUCCGGGGGUGGGAAUUACGGUGAGAGCAGCAGCUACGCCGAAGCUACGAGUAUCGGUUUCGGGCCCAUAACGAUCAGCCAGGCUCAGGCUCAUUCUCAGUCAUCGAACGGAGGUGGAAGAUACGGCGAUUACGGAGGCUACGGACGAUAUCAAAGGUUCUACCGCUGAGAAGACGGACCGAUUUCCCGAAUCGCAUCGUUCUCAUUAACUUAUCAUCGGGAUCGUCGCAUCGUCAUUAGAAAUGUUUCGUUGAUAAUUUUGUACAAAGAGAAACGUUCUCUUCGCCAU